GAUUUUUAUUGGGAAAACAAAAUAUACAAGCUAAAGAGGCCCGUCUGUUACUAGAUAAAAUGAUUAUGGAUUGAAGUAGCAAAGUUCACGCUAUUUUACAUAUUUCACGUGUAACGUGAACCUAGAAGAGAGAUUUAGCACCGUGUUUACGUGAAACGGCAAACGUCGGAUUGCUCUUUCACCUUCCACGUUAAAUUGCAUGAACCUUGCUACUUUAGCUGCACGUGAGCUUGAGUCAUGGCGGAUUUGAGGGGAGCCUGGUACGAGUUAGAAGGAAUAGUUUUGUGCCCUUUUUCCCGCAAUCAACUUUUACUCUGUGAGAGGAAAAGUGAAGAAAAUCUUACGUACACAGCAAAGGCGAAACAGCUUACUUACACGUAGAGACGGCAAAGCGCACCCGAAAACGUGAAAAAAAUGGCGGGAAAAUCAGGUCACGUGGUCACUCUUGCCGUUCAUGUUUCACAUAAACGCGGCGCUAAAUCUCUCUAUUAAUUGUCCUCAUCUCCGACAAAAGCAAGUUUAAUGCUCAGUUUGGUCUUUUCUAUGGCUAUCAAGACGAGAGCGAACUCAUCGAUGACCCAGUUAUGAUGGAAAAUUAGUCUACUAUCAGCAGCAGCAGACGCCCAACUCGGCUCAGGCCGCUCUUGAUAAUUAGCGAAGAGCUUUUGAUUUGAGCAGGAAGUAGUCUAAACAUGUCAUUAUCUUGUCUCGCCCUAGUCUCUUCACCUCUCGCAUUUUACUUUGUCAUCACUUAUCGCAUCAAGAGAGGGACCAACCUCUAGUGAAGCAUUUGGCUUUAAUUCUGGCAAAAUUACAUUGAAGAAAAUUGAAAAUGACAUCGUCCAGCUCUUUGAAAAAAGAGUUACAAAAGCUGAGGAAGCAAAUAGAGGACGACAAACCCAAGCCAAUCGACAUCAAGAUCCUAAACCCAUCAGACGAUAGCGACUGGAAGAUGAUUAGGCACUUUCCCAGGAUGAGCAAGAAAGUGAAAGAUAGCUUUAAAGACCAUAUGGAACAGAGGUCCGGAUCUCUUCGUGUAGCUGGCCCCGCAGGUCCACCAUACGACAACGUUCUCGGCAAUAAAUGGCACAAACUUCUCAAAGACUCAAUAAGGGGAGAGAAGACUACAAAGUAUUCCGCUGAUGAAAAAAAGGCAGCCGCAUCGUUAAUAAAAACACUGAAAGAUGAUAUGGGUAUAGAACUAUUAGAAAGUGAUUUCCAUUUGUACGGAUACAUGAAUAGUAGAGGUGAACUGUCCCCUGAAGUAUAUUUCUGGCAAGGAGACGCUACCGCAAUCGGCUGUUGGCGCAACAAACAGAAAGAGAGGAAUGAGUAUGUCGUGGUUGAUUGGAAAACUACGCGCGAUCUGCAGAAUUUCUGGCAAUCGAAUGACACAUUUGGGCCGAAUCUACACCAUGGCUUGCUGUACGCAAAGCUUCUUCAGGUACAUUUGGGUCUCGAUUACUUGCCAUCAGUGUUAAUUGUCCCGAUCUCCAGCGAUAACGGGAAGGAUUAUCAGCUUGGUCAUUUCGUAGAUUAUCCAGACGAGUGCAAGACGUCGAUAAACGACGACUUCUCCUGGCACAACAAAUUCCCCGAAUCUCUACCGCAUAAGAUAUAUGGGAAAGCAUCACUGUUCAACGAAGACGUGUUGAGCAAAUUCUCGCCUGACGGUUCAUCUACAGUUCCUUUGAAAAGAGAUACGCUUCUUAAUGAAAUAUUAAAGGAAAGUGCAACUGUUGGUGACUUAUUGGAGGCUCUUGGCUUUAACGAAAGCUCGCUGACAAUCAUUUCUGGAGACGAAUGAAGAGAUAAAAUUAGAAAACAUUUCCCAUUGCUGGACAUUUUCCAUCUAAACUUAUCU